AUGGCUUCCCCCAAGGCCAGGAAUCCUCUGGCCUUCACCCCAUGGCCGGUCACCAUCAUCACGACGUUGGUGUACCUAGCCCUACUAAUCCCUAUCCUGGUUAUCAACACCAACGUCCCGACCGCGCCACAAUCCAGUCCCAAGGGCCUCGACCUCACCGAGGCAUGGCAGGACCUGCAGAUCCUCACGGGCGGCUUCCACCCAUAUAACUCGCGCCGAAACGACAAAGUCCGCGCGUGGUUGCUGGAACGUAUCGACGCGAUUACCAAGACCACGGCUCCUGCGGCAGAGUACCAGGCCUACGAUGAAGAAAAGCCCGACGUUUUCGUCUUCGACGACCUCACCUCGAACCUUACCUCAGUGGACGGUCGUCUAGGCGUGUACUUUGAAGGCACGAACAUCCUCGUUUAUAUUCGCGGCUAUGAAGAUAAGACGGACAAUUGGUGGGAGGUUCCUGGCAAAACACCCGUUGGCAAGGGAGGGGUACUGGUUAAUGCGCACUACGACAGCGUUUCGACCGGAUAUGGCGCGACAGAUGACGGUGUCGGUGUCGUGACUUGUCUACAGCUACUAAAGUACUUCACUACGCCCGGCCACGCCCCGCGUCGUGGGCUGGUGGUGCUGUUCAAUAACGGCGAGGAGGAUUAUCUGAACGGUGCGCGCGCGUAUAGCCAGCACCCGUUGUCGAAAUUCGCCCACACGUUUCUGAACCUGGAAGGUGCUGGUGCUGGGGGGCGAGCGACACUGUUCCGGAGCUCGGAUACGGAGGUUACGCAGGCGUAUGCGAAAUCGAAGAAUCCGUUCGGUACGGUUCUUAGCGCCAAUGGGUUUGAGAAGGGACUUAUUAGUAGUCAGACGGAUUAUGUUGUUUUCGAAGGCAUGCUCGGACUGCGCGGUCUGGAUCUUGCUUUCUUUGAACCGCGGGCGAGAUAUCAUACCGAUCAGGAUGAUGCGCGACAUACCAGCCUGGACUCUGUUUGGCAUAUGCUGUCCGCGUCCGUGGCAACCACCGAGGAACUUGUUUCUGAUUCCAGUGACCAGUUUGAUGGACAUCUUCGGGAUGAUGGCCUUGUAUCUAGUGGUACGGGGACGAAGGCUGUUUGGUUCGACCUCUUCGGUGCUGCGUUUGCUGUGUUCCAACUGCAUACUCUCUUCGCAUUGUCGGUUACGAUCCUGAUUGUCGCGCCCUUGACUCUCCUCGUGACUAGCAUCGCACUUUCGCAUGCGGAUAGGAUGUACUUGUUCCGUUCUUCGGCGUCGUUUGAUUUCAGCGAUGAGAAGUUCGCGCUUCGAGGCUUGCGUGGUUUCUUCCGGUUUCCCUUUCUGAUCGGUGUUCCUACUGCUGUGACUGUGGGAUUUGCCUAUAUGGUGACCAAGGUUAACCCUUUCAUUUCGCACAGCAGCAGCUACGCUGUGUGGAGCAUGAUGAUAUCCGCCUGGAUCUUCUUGGCUUGGUUUGUCUCCUGCGUGGCUGACUUCGCCCGUCCUUCCGCUUUCCACCGAAUCUACACUUGGACCUGGCUGUUUGUUCUCACUUGGGCUUUGUUGGUUGUGGCCACUGUCUUUGAGAACGAGGAAGGUUUGGCUGGUGGCUACUUCAUGUUCUUUUACUUCUCUGGAGUCUUCUUGGCGACAUGGAUCUCGUAUCUGGAGCUUUUCUCCCUACCGACUAUGACCGAAUACAUCAGUCAAUUUGCGCAAGGCUCGCGGCGAGCCAGCAGCUUCGGUAGCCGACUCGGUCUUUUAUCCGGAGAAGAACGCCAAGAUGACGAUGUCGAGGAGGAGGCAACUGAAUCGACAUCGCUUCUUCGUGAUAAUCGUCAACGGACCACAUUUGCAAACUACGUUAAUGUCUCUAAUGAAACCGCCGAAAAUGAAGCGGACAAUGAGGAAGAAGCUGACCCGAACGUCUAUGGAAACGAACAAUCAUGGAGUUCGUCCAUGCCACGCUGGACCUGGAUUCUGCAACUUAUUCUCACUGUCCCUAUCAUUCUCACACUGGUCGCCCCACUUGGUCUCAUACUUACCAGUGCCCUUCAUCAAACCGGUCAGGAUGGCAGCCCGCAGCUGUUCGUGUAUCUAUCCAUCGCCAUUCUGACGGCUGUUCUAUUCGCCCCGAUGCUGCCGUACAUUCAUCGAUUCACUUACCACGUCCCGCUUUUCCUGUUCUUCAUCCUUAUCGGCACCCUGAUCUACAACCUCGUUGCCUUCCCAUUCUCCGACUCAAACCGCGUGAAGAUUUUCUUCCACCAACAAGUCGAUCUGGACAAUGGAAAUUCUACCGCAUAUCUCACAGGCAUGCAGCCAUUCGUGGAAGAAGUUGUCCGCGGACUUCCCAGCUCUUCGGGACAAACAGAGUGUUCCGAUUUCACCAACCGCGUACAAUGUUCCUGGAAUGGCCCAGAGCCACAUGUCGUCCCAAGCAAAACCUCCUCCAAAUCCCCCGGCCCUUCAUCAGACUGGGUCUCAUUCAACAUCUCCACUCCCAACGCCGAGACUCGCUCCGCCCACUUCGAUAUCGCGGGGCAAAACACCCGCUCUUGCCGUAUCACAAUGGACCGCUACUCGAUCAAGAACUUCAGUGUCGUGGGCAGCUCUGCCCCAGAUAAACGGUUCAGUCAUCCAGCCAGUGAAGGUCUCAGUGAGAUCCGUCUCUGGAGUCGGACGUGGGAUGCGAAAUGGAGCGUCGACGUCGAAUUUUCGAAGCACGAUGCCACAUCUGAGGAGGAAGAAGAGCCUUCCCUGUCAAGGGCCGUGUCUCUUGUAUCUGGAGUGAUGAUAAUACCCCCGGCGUCAUUCCUGCUCUGGAUGAAGUGA